CACAAGCACAGAAAAGAAGUGUUAUCAUGAGGUUAGCGAAGGGAAAAAGAAAAGCGAGAAGCUGAUAGUGAGAGAAAGACGAGAAUAGGGAAGUAACAAAUGGAAAAAAAAAUGAUUAGGUCUUCAUUUCACAUCCAAAAAUGCAUGUAAAAUUGGAACAACGAGGAUCAACAUAAGAAAGUGACUUACAGCUGUGGAGUUCAACUGAAUAAAAAUCUCUACAGGGGUCAGGAAGAGGAUCGGUGACAAGGACAUCUCAGACAGGGUCCUGCUGCACACCAUCCAAGGUAUCUGGAACAGAUCUUGAAUUGGUUAGCGCUCAUGGAAUCUCCGGUGCAGAUUUUUCGAGAUGAGGAAAUAGACCCUAAGAGACCUCCAAUGGGUUCAACAUGCUCUCCCAAUUGUAUGCCUGCGUGCACUUCAAGCUGUUAUGCCAACUCCAGCUUACUGCUAGGCUGGGCUGACUAUGAAAAUGUCAGUGACUAUCCUGUAUCACCGACACAUGAGGGCAACCACACCACUAUUUCUCCCACAAUCUCUGUCAUCAUUACAGCAGUUUACUCCAUGGUUUUUGUUGUUGGCUUAGUGGGCAAUGCACUGGUGAUGUUUGUAAUUAUACGGUAUACAAAAAUGAAGACUGCAACCAACAUUUAUAUAUUUAAUUUAGCUUUGGCUGACGCUCUAGUGACCACUACCAUGCCUUUCCAGAGCACAGAGUUUUUAAUGAGUUCUUGGCCUUUUGGAGACAUUCUCUGUAAAAUAGUCAUGUCCAUUGACUAUUAUAAUAUGUUUACCAGUAUAUUCACCCUUACCAUGAUGAGUGUUGACCGAUAUAUUGCCGUGUGCCACCCAGUAAAAGCCCUGGAUUUCCGGACUCCAUUGAAAGCUAAAUUCAUCAAUGUGUGUAUCUGGAUGCUCUCCUCCUCUGUUGGGAUAUCAGCCAUUGUACUUGGAGGCACUAAAAUAAGUGAUGGUGUCACGGAAUGUGCCCUUCAAUUUCCAUCUCCCUACUGGUAUUGGGACACAGUAAUGAAAAUUUGUGUUUUCGUUUUUGCAUUCGUCAUUCCUGUAUUUAUUAUAACGAUUUGCUACACUUUAAUGAUCAUGCGGCUGAAAAAUGUACGUCUCUUAUCUGGAUCUCGUGAAAAAGACAGAAAUCUCAGACGCAUAACAAGAUUGGUGUUGGUCGUUGUUGCAGUGUUUAUUAUAUGCUGGACCCCCAUUCAUAUUUUUGUGCUUGUUGAAACCCUUGUGGAUGUCCCACAGGGUAUAGCAGUAAGCUCAAUCUAUUAUUUUUGCAUUGCAUUGGGUUAUACUAACAGCAGUUUAAAUCCAAUCUUGUAUGCAUUCUUGGAUGAAAAUUUUAAAAGGUGUUUUAAAGACUUCUGCUUUCCAUCAAAACUUCGGUUGGAUCGCCAAGGAAACAGCAAAGUUGGGAACACAGUACAUGAUCCAGCUUACACAAGGGAAGGUGACCGGACUAGCAAGCCAGUAUGACUAGCAGUGGAAAUGACUUCCUACACACCACAAGGAAGUGGUACAACUCAUGAACUAGGACUAACGCAGAUAACAUCUGCUGUCUAACCAACUGUAGUAAUAUUUUUAGGCAAAGAUUUUUUUGAACUGCUGUUAUAUAUGUAAUGGAUGCAUAGUCAUGGAUACUUCAGUGCACCAAAGGUCAAUUGAACUUGGACUUAGAAAUACGAUCACGUAUGACUGACCUGUGCCUAAGUGCCCAUGUUAAGAGAAGUCAUCAUCACCCACAGAGUGGGUAUAUCAAACUUUAUUCUUUCAUCAGCAAAAAAACAUAAGGGAAAAAUUCACAUAAAUUUAUUUACAAAUCUUUCAAUGUUUUCUUCUGUAGCAGGGCUAGCAAAGUAGAGCUAGCAGUUUUGAUUGUGAAAGUGCUGCAUAUUUUGGGAGAACCGGGACCUAAAGUAACUUUGGUAUUAGCUGAAAGACUCCAGACCAGCAGCAUGCAUGCGGUAAAGAGGAAAUUGAAUACCUUCCUUUUCCAGGGAAUGGUGACACCAUUCUGUUUUGUUUCAGAGCUACAGUUACUGCUGUAUGUAAUACUUUUGGUUGUGUUGGGUAGCGUGUCCACCUAUACAUGCUGUGGUUCCUCCUGCUAACUCCUAUGUCACUACAGGGCACAGUCAGUAGGGAUCAAUGGGAAGCCAGACAGCACACAGUAUGGAUCCCGCAAUCCAAAACAUCUGGAAGUGUCAUGCUGUGCAUUGUGGUUUCUCUUGUCCAUAUUACAUCAGUGCUAUGUAGGGGGUCACUGUGAGGAACCACAGCAUGCAAAGAGGUGCAAUCUAUCUUACAUAAAUGUAAGUUUUGGAUAGAAGUGGUGGCCAUAGUUCUGCAAGAGUAAAGCUUUACUACACUGUCCACCAGAAACUUUUACAGGGUGCUGCUGGUUUCAGUUAUUUCAACUAGUCAUUUCAAGGUACCAAAGGUCCAGUGGUGCAAAUCGUGUCAUGAUAAAGUCUAAUGUAAUAUAAGAGAUUGGUACAUAUAUGUAAAAUACAUUUCAGAUUAAAUAUAUUCAUACAGUAUAUUCACAGUAUAAAUAUUGAAAUAAAUAAAAAAUGUUCCUCUGUUAAACCAAUAUAAAGGUAAACUUAUGUACUUUUUAUAACUAUUGUAAAUGCUAUGAAUUAACACGUGAUAUUGAAGUGUUAUCAGAUGAUAUUUUUGUUUUCACUCGUAAUUUGUAUGCUGUAUGCAGUUCCUAGUGCUUUGGUGUGCAGCUCAGUUAUACUUAAUCUUGUCCAAUGUUUGAUAUGUUCAAAUAUGAAUAAAUAAAGUCUAUAUCAAAAUAAAAUUUUAUAUA